AUGGCUAAUAAUACUUAUCUAGCUGUUGCUAUUCGCCUUUUGGCGGAGAAAUUGACUCAGGAGAGGGUUGAGUGUCCUAAGACUGCUGGAGAAAUGUUCGAAAGAUUAGCUAAAGUUAAACCACCCUACUUUAAGGGGCAAUCUGACCCGUGCUUCUUAGAUAAUUGGAUUAGGGAGUUCGAAAAACUAUUUGAGGUAGUGAACUGCCCUGGUGAGAUGAGAGUAGGUCAAGCUGUGUUAUACCUGAAGGAUGAGGCUGACCUAUGGUGGAGGGAAAAUGGUGCUAGACUGAGUGUUGCUGAAGGAUUCAAUUGGGAAGCAUUUGUGGUUGCCUUGAGAGGGAAGUUUUACCCUGCAUUUAUGAGGAAGCAGAAAGCCCAAGAAUUCAUUAACCUGAGGAUGGGAAGUAUGACCAUCUUUGAGUACUAUGGCAAGUUUAUAGCCCUGUCUAGGUUUGCACCUGAUGAGGUUGUAGCCACCGAGGAGCUUAGGGUCCAGAGGUUCGAGCAAGGCUUAACUGAAGAAAUCUAA